GUCACUGUUGUUUGUUGUGCUGAUAGUAGGCUUGUGAUUAAAAAACAGUUAUUUAGUCCCGUAUAAUAGAUUUUCUUGUUUAAAAACGUGAUAUAGGAACCUAUUAUUAUACUAUAAUGAAUACUUGUAGAACGUGUCUUAAAACUCCCGCUAACAAGGAUAUUUCAGGCCUCAAAAAGAGUGUAAAAGAUGACAGCAUAACGGACAUCAUGGUAUUUUGUUUGGAUAUAAAGGUUUCAGAAGACUCCAAAAUAACUACGAAACUAUGCAAUUGUUGCUAUAGAAAAAUCAUAUCGUUUUACAAGUUUAAGUCUCUGUCUUUGAAAAAUGAUGCAUAUCUUAAAUCUCUAGACCCACUUGAGCAUCCUGCAGACCAAAAACGAACUGUGUACGUAGACGAAAACGGUAUUAAACACGAAGAUUUCGUGGAAUCUGAAGAUUUUGGCCCAUGUAUGAUAGAAUAUAGUGAUAGAGAAAUUAAAAUAGAAAUAGAUGUUAAGGAAGACGGACUAGGAGGUUCAGAAACAAUAGAUAAUAUUAAGGAAGAAAAUACAUUUGAAGAUCACAUAUUUGAAUCAGAUGAGGAGCCACUGAGUGUGGUACAAAAAAUUAAAUAUGAAAAUGUUGAGGAUGAUACCAAAGGAAAAGUUCCAGAACAUAACAGCGAGCAGCCACUGCUUAAAUGUAAAGCAUGCCCAAAACAGUUCCACUCCAUCGGAGGGCGGAAGAAGCAUUACAGGACCAAGCAUCUAGGGAAAAAGUCCAAGUGUGACAUAUGUGAUAAAGAGGUGGUAUGCCUGUCAGUGCACAAGCUCCGCAUCCACAACCCGUCAGGCAUGCGGUUCACCUGCUCCGUGUGUGACCGCCGCUUCGUGUCGCAGGCUGUGCUGGACAUCCACAUGGUGUCCCACACCAAGGACUACCAGUUCCAGUGUGAUGUUUGUCAGAAGAAGUUUAGCUGUAGAGGUUUUCUCUCAAAACAUAUGCGGCAGGUACAUAUAAAAGAAAGGAACCAUAAAUGUGAUCAUUGCCCGAAGGCUUUCUUUGGCAAAGAUAAACUGCAAGAACAUAUGAGGACACACACAAAUGUGAAAGAUCAUCAAAUUUGCGAGGAGUGCGGCAUGUCGGUGGCCAACCUGAAGAUGCACGCGCUCCGCCACCGGCCUCGGGAGGAGCGCCGCCUGCUGGCGUGCAAGGCGUGCCCCAAGACCUUCUACUCCAUCGGCGGCCGGAAGAAGCACUACAGGACCACGCAUCUGGGCAAGAAGUACAAGUGUGACAUUUGUCAUAAAGAGGUGGUAUCUCUGUCAGUGCACAAGCUCCGCAUGCACGCCCCGGAGGCGCUGCCGCACGCGUGCGUGGAGUGCGGCCGCCGCUGCGUGUCGCACUCCGUGCUCGAGGCGCACAUGCUCACGCACACGAGGGACUACCGGCACGAGUGCGACACCUGCCUCAAGAAGUUCAGCUCUAAAUCAUUCCUGAUGCGGCAUCAGCGGCAGGUGCAUGAGAAAGAAAGGAGCCAUCAGUGUGAAUUUUGUUCUAAGGCUUACUUCUGCAAAAAUAAACUACAAGAACAUUUAAGGUCGCACACGAACGAGCGGCCGUUCACAUGCAACGAAUGUGGCCUCUCGUUCACAACGAAACAGGCGCUCACUAGACACAUGCUCACGCACAGCGACGUGAAGAACUACCCCUGCGGGCUGUGCAGCAUGAGCUUCAAGGUGCCCGGGAACCUGAGGGCGCACAUGGUCAGUCACACGAAGGAGAAGCGCUACCCGUGCGCGUUCUGCGGCGUGCGCUUCGGCCGCUCCGACCACCGCAACCGCCACCAGCUCACCGCGCACAAGAAACACGGGCAAAUAGAGCCAGACAUAAAGCCAGAUUGCUGAUAGUUAAAAUACGCCCAAAACUGGGAUUCAUCAGACAGUAGAAAAUUUUUAAGGCAGAGCCUUUCUUAGACUAAAGUGAACUAUCUAUCGGUUCAGCAUGCGCGGCUAGUACCUACAUCUUGUCGCGAAUGACGCGAGAAAAAACAGAUUAUAGUUCGUUUUUUUUAGCAUUAGAAAUAAGGUAAACAAUCUUGAUGUGUCUUUUAAUCAAAAAACACAUUUUAAAAAAUAAGUUACGGCAAAUAUGUAUCAAUUAUGAAUCUAAUGCGAUCAUUUAUAUUCUUCUGCUUUCAUAAAUAAUAGUUUUUGAUUUUUAAAAAGCGUUUUUCAAUUAAAAAACUUGUCAAGAUCGCUUACCUUCUUGCAAGUUCUUUCUAAUGCUAAAAAAACGAACUAUAGCGUGACAUCAUGCAUACUUUGUCACUAUUUUAGUUGGCAGCACAACUCACACACGGGAGAUGGACAAGGUAGAACAAGAUUGUAUAUUUAAUGUAGAUAGGUAAAUCAUAUAAAAUCCCAUAUAACCAUUCCAGUCGCAGAAUCAUCAAAGUGGUAACUAUAUGUCAGAUGUGUCGUAACAGAGUCCACACAAUGUGUCUAGAAUUGUUUCGAAACAAAGUGUCGUCGCCGUGUCUACACUUUUCCGUAACAAGGUGUCGACACAUUUGUGUGCACUUUGCGUGCGGUUUGCGACUAAAUCUGACAGCAAAUUUGUGACAGCAAAUGUCAAUAUAAAAUACCUCUUGAAAACCAAGGUUUGUCAAACUACUAUUAGUGUCUCGUGUGCUCGUAAGUAAUUCUAGUAAGUCAUCAUGGGCGAUGCGAAUGAUAAAAAUCGACCAAAACCAUAUAAACAUCCAACACCCGUCAACCUUUUACAGAAAAGUUUUUAAAGAAAGGCAAUACGCUACUAGGUCAGGCAACGAAUGCUCAAUAAAGUUAUAGAGGGAAAUGCUCGGAACACAAUUUUUGACUCCUUAACUUGGUUUGGACAAGUUAGGAGGUGAACAUAUCAAAAGUCCUCGGCCGUAG